UGCUCAAACCAAGCGGAAUACCAGUGUUUCCCAUUUGCCCUCAAUCCCGGUCCGGCCGCCGGCCGCCGGCCGCCGCGCCGCCAUUCCGCCAUGGCGAUGGACACCACGACUAGGAGGAGGAGAAGGCUGGAAGGGGAGGAAGAGGAGGAGGGCCUCGACCGCAUUAGCGGCCUCCCCGACGCCGUCCUCGGCGAAAUCGUCUCCCUUCUACCCACCAAGGAUGGCGCCCGCACGCAGGUCCUCUCCUCCCGGUGGCGGCCCCUAUGGCGCUCCGCUCCCCUCAACCUCGAUCCCUGCGGCCUCUCGGUCGGCCGGGAGAUCUCCCGCAUCCUCUCGGCGCACCUGGGCCCCGGACGCCGCUUCUUCAUCCCCAGGUACAUCUUGCGCCCCGAAGGGGAACGCUCAGCCGCGACCCUCCUGGAUGGCUGGCUCCGGUCUCCUGCCCUCGACAACCUACAGGAGCUCGAUUUCCAUUACGGAGAUAGGUUUCCAUAUGCUCAAGUGAGUCCGCCGCCGCCGCUACCGGCAUCAGUGCACCGCUUCUCGUCGACUCUUCGCGUCGCCAGCUUCGGCGGCUGCGGCUUGCCGGACGGAAACGCUACCGCCCUCCACUUUCCACUUCUCAAGCAGCUGAGCCUUUUACAUGUUACAAUCUCGGAGAGCUCUCUGCAUGCCUUGCUCGCCGGCUGCCCUGUCUUACAGAGCUUGCUGCUAUCUUUCAACAGCGGCUGCCGUCGACUCCGAAUUGUGUCUCGUAGCCUUAGAAGCAUUGGUGUGAAGCCAGGUCGGGGAGACUGCAGGUUGCAACAGCUCAUCCUCGAGGACGCCCCCUCUCUAGAAAGAUUGCUUUGUUCUUCAUCUUUGUGUGGCAGAGUAAUAGACAUCUCAGUAAUUUCGGCUCCAAAAUUGGAUACUUUGGGACCACUCGAUGAUGAUUUCCCCAGACUCGACUUUGGCGCUACAGUUUUUCAGGGAUCACACCUUGUUAGCUUGAUAACAGUUAUGCCCAGUGUGAAGAUUUUAGCUUUAGUGAAUGCGCAUCUUAGUUUGGAUGUGGUUAUUAACUUUAUGAAAUGCUUCCCAUGCUUGGAGAAGUUGUACAUCAAGACAGUAAGGCCAGGGGAGAAAAAUGUGUGGUGUCGUAAAUACAAGAAUCUCGUCGGCACCCUUGAUAUUCGACUCAAGAAAAUUGUGUUGUUAAGGUAUCGAGGCAACAAAUCACAUGUUAACUUUGCCAAAUUCUUUGUACUGAAUGCAAGAGUGCUAGAGUCAAUGGUUUUUGAGAACGAAGGGAAAGAAAAAAUGAUUAGUAAUGAGUGGGCUGAAAAACAGCACAGCCUGCUCCAAACCAAAAAUAGGGCUUCUAGGGGCGCCCAGUUUGAUUUUGUGUGUCGUCCUGGACCGCUUGGCCAGGUGGGUAUUGAGCUAGCACAUGAUUUGUCAACAGAUGACCCAUUUGUAAGGUUCCGUGACUGGUCCUAGGAUAUACUGUUUUAGCCAAACUUGAUCAGUCUCUGGUUUGCAGUGUUUUGACAUUCAGUAUCUCUGUUCCUAGAAUAUUGUAAUUUGUCAGCAUACUAAGUGCAAUAUUUUGUUUUAACCGAAGAAGAGCUAAUUGAGGUGGGGAUUGUGAUUAUUUUCCACAUGGCUCUCAUUGGAAUGAUUGCCCAUAUCACAUAAGCUUAUCUUGUUCCAACCAUGUGUAGAACUUUUGUGAUAACCUGCAUUAAGUUUUCUUGCUUUGCCAUAGAUGUAAUGGAAGGAAUCUCGUUUAUAUCUUGAGUUUCAUCUACCUCUCUACCUCUUACUAACUCAUUUACCUUGUUUGUAAAUGGUUUGUGAUGGUUACGUAAUAAACAUGGAUUCAAUCUAUGCUACAGUUGGUUUCGCAGGUUCUCUUUGUUUUCCUUUAUCAGGUUUGUGUGCAUGUCUCAUUGAGAGAGUAGUAGUGAGGGAAUGUCUCUUUCUUUUUCUAUAUUUUUUCUUGGUUGAGGGGUAGAUUGGAAAUAAUCACUGCCGAGGAGUGAGGAAUCACAGCCCCACGGCCACGGGUGAGGUAAUUCUCCAAUCUCGUGUUAUGUUACAAGUCUGUAGAGACUCUUUGAUGCGGAAUUGGGCAAUCUUUCCAGGGUGAUUAGUUGGGAGUUUUCUCUAGUGUUUUUGACUUCCUCUGUGGACGCACAGGAGAUAGAAAACUAUCAGUACUCGACGGAUGGUGAUGAUGUGCCCUGGUAUCAUGUUGUCGCACCUUUGUAUUGACAAAUGAACACAUUCUCAGGAUGUGUUCUCGUUAUAAUAAGAGGUUGAUGCUGGGUUCA